GGACGUUCUCGAUAUUUCGACCGCGCCGAUAUGGUUGGGUCAUGCGAAAGGCAGGCAGUGUGAUGAAGUCUGGCAUGUUGAGCCAUAUCUACUUGCCAACACCAUCUUUACGCUGAGUCUGAAGGACAACCAACAUGUUCGGCCUUAUCAUUUCUGGCAGACCAGUCAACGCGGCGCCACAAGCUCUUACGGAGACUCAGUACGCGUUCAGUAUUGUCCCAGAGCCCAGCUUCAGUCAUAUCGUAGUGUUCAUUCUACCUGGGGUGCAAUUGCCCGCUGAUACAGCCGCUACGGUCUACGUACAGAUCCCACCUUCCUCUGAUUUCAAGUUGCUGGGCGCUGUCGGACCAGGCAAGGAGUCCGCCAUCUUCAAAAUCAGCGGUCUCAGAUCCGCCAACACAACCGCAAAUGGAGACGUAGACGCCAUGACCGACGACCCUUCGCUCUCCGCGAAUGGUGUCGCGCCUACAGCCUCCGGGGACAUCAUUGUCGGCAUCUCGAUCGAGCCAGCAGCGCAAGUCGAAGCUCAGCUAGCUCAGCUCAGGCCGGGACAGUCCUCGGCCGCUCAGCCUUCGUCUGCGCUGGUCAGAUUGAACUCCGCGACAGGAGGCAGGGUCACGACUAAAGUGCUCGCGCAACGCAUCAUCGGCAAUGCAUUCAACUUCCUGGCCAGCUUCGGCAGCGACACUGUGCCUUUGAAGGCAUUCCAGGACUGGUGGGCAAAAUUCGAGAAGAAGGUUGAGCUUGACCCCUCUUUUCUGGAGAGGGAACAGGGUUGAGCCCCUCAGGCUGUUCGAUCGUAGCAUUACGCCGCACGAUCGCCAUCGCGAAGCACGUACUCCUUUUGAGGAGUUCGUACUGAGCCCGUCGACGAUGGCCUUCUCAAUGGCGGAAAGGGGUGUCAUGAGGCUGUCUACUUGAUCACCACCAAGCUAAUCUGAGAUGCCGAGAUUCCCGCGCUCGCUCAUACCGGAGCCGGUCCCUAGGGACCCUUACGGGCCAACGGCCGGUGAGAUUUCGAGCAUGUCAAGCUCACAUUCGGAAGCUUAACCAGUAAUUAUGCCGUAGGACGAGGGAACAUUGGCCUGAU